GCAAGGACCCAGUGGCCCGAUAACUCAAAACCGAAUCUCCUUUGUCCGCUGCCCUUCUAAAAUCCCACCCGCCGUCGUCGCUGCUGCCACCGCCAUGCUCUCAUGAACACCACAAGACACUGGCCCAAGAGGGCCUUUAUCCUCUCACGUGCGCUAUCACGUGCCUUUUCCGACACCCCUUCCCCGACGUUCCCUCUGAAGCACGUGACACGAUCCAACUUCGACUCGGCCCUCGUUGAACUCCGUUCGCACGUUCGAGCUGCCGAUUUCGUGGCCAUCGACAUGGAAAUGACGGGGGUAACUAGCGCGCCCUGGAGGGAAUCUUUCGAGUUUGAUCGGUUUGAUAUUCGGUAUCUCAAAGUCAAAGAUUCCGCUGAGAAAUUCGCUGUUCUUCAGUUCGGCGUUUGCCCUUUUCGUUGGGACUCACUUAAGCAGUCGUUCAUUGCUCACCCGCACAAUUUCUUUGUAUUUCCUCGUCAAGAAAUUCCACUUGAUAGGACCUCUUAUGAAUUCCUUUGCCAAACGACAUCAAUGGAUUUUUUGGCUAAAUAUCAGUUUGAUUUCAACGCUUGCAUACAUGAAGGUAUAUCUUACUUGUCCAGAGGACAAGAAGAUGAGGCUCGUAAAAGAUUAAUAUCACCUAAAGGAGAUCAGUUAACGCAUCUGUCUCAUAAUUUAAGAGAAACUAUGGACUUACCGUUGGUCCGAGUGGCUGAUGUUCUCUUCACGGAAAGAAUGAAGAAAAGAUUGGGUGAAUGGCGUGAUGAUUUAUUACAGAAUAGGGUAGGAGGGCCUCAAGAAGAAAAGGUUCCUGAUGACUUAAAUCAACAAUUUCGGACAGUUUUCUUCAAGAUGCGUCCUGCUCUGAGUUUGGAUGGAUUCACUUCUCACCAACUUAGUCUGAUCCGAAUGGUCACAAGGAAGCAUUUCAAAGAUCUUACUUAUGUUUGUUUUAACGGUGAAAGUACUUCAGAAGAGUUAGUAGUUUAUACAGACUCAGAGAGUGAUAAAGCGAGACUUAUGGAGGAGGUGAAGAAUGAUCAUCAGAGAAGCGCAGAAAUGAAGAUCAAUGCUGCAGUAGGGUUUCGUUAUGUGAUUGAUCUCCUUUCUUCAGAAAAUAAGUUGAUUGUUGGUCACAAUUGCAUCCUGGAUAUUGCUCACGUACACAGCAAAUUCCUAGCUCCUCUUCCUUCAACAGCUGAAGAAUUUGUCUCCUGCGUGAACAAAUACUUCCCAAGUAUCAUUGACACCAAAAUACUUUUGAAUGCUGACUACACAUUACAACGAAAGAUGAAGAGAUCUAGCACAUCAUUAUCCUCAGCAUUUUCAUUAUUAUGCCCAGAGAUAGCUCACGGGUUUACACGUAAUGUUCUGUCUUAUGAGCCAUGUGUUAAGGUUGAGGUCCACGUGGAUGAAAUGAGGUCUUCUAAUUGGAACUCUGGAGCCAAGCAUGAAGCUGGUUAUGAUGCUUUUAUGACAGGCUGUGUGUUUGCCCAGGCUUGCAGUCAUCUAGGCAUCGACUUUCAGCUUCAUUCUCCUUCUGAAAAUCUGACCCAAAAUGAAAAGCUGCAGAAGCACAUGAACCUUCUAUAUCUGAGUUGGAUUAAUGGUGACAUUAUUGAUCUGAGGACUGGUAACCGGUCUGCAGAGUUGUCAGGCUCUAAUAUGAUCAGAAAGCCAUAUCGAAAGAUUUUAUUUAAGAACAUCGUUUUACUCUGGGGAUUCCCUUCGAAACUGAAACCAAGUAUGAUAAGAGAUUGCAUCUGCAAAACCCUUGGUCCUAGCUCUGUUAUUUCUACAUACUGUAUAGAUCAAACCGCAGUGUUUGUUCAGUUCAGCAAGGCAGAGUUGGCAUCAGACUUUUUGAAUUUGAAGGACACUCUAGAGCAAAGUAACGAUGCAAUUUCCCAUUUGCAUCCUCUUUCACAACUUCUGGAAGGUGGAAAUACCCAUGCUGCUAGUUAUGAAACUUAUAAAGAGAUCUGUGCAUCACCUAUCUCAAAAGUGUUAUUUGCAGAUCAAGCAGAGGCUGUUGGCAUUAAAUGGAAGACCGAAUUGUUACCAUCUGAUAAAGAAGAGAGCCAUGACAAUACUCGUUCCCAUCUAGAAAGUGCAAUGGAUAGUCCACAGGCUGUUCAAAAAUCCAAGACAAGGAACACCGAGGAUGUAGUAAAUGAUUCAUCGAACAAACGGUUUUGUGACGAUAUCAUUGAUUCAUUUCUUAAAGUCGAAAAGAUCAGAAGAACCACUAACUUGUAACUCAAGCUUAAAGCUUAAUGGCAGUUUUGAGCUUUUUUUCCACACUUUAUUGCGAAUCUGUAUGACAUUUAGAGUUCUUAUACAAAUACUAGGAUUACUGAGUUGGAAAUGAGGAUCACAUUUUGAUGGCAACUUUUAGGCCAUCUUCUGUACAUUAACAGUUUGCCUUUGAUAUAAAUUAAAAUGCUGAUUCAAUUUUUUGUCA